CUGGGAAAGAGCCACUGCGAGUCUCAUCUUCAUUGCGACUCCUGCAUUUAUGGUGCUGCAAGGAAGGCUCGCUGUAAACGACCACCCAUAACGCGUUUUGAGCCGACAGGGGCAAACCAGCAAGAUCCAGAUCUCCACGGUUCAACAAGAACAGGAAUAUAAAGAAGAUAUUUUGACACCUCUGGUCAUCACUUCACCCUUCCCCAUACAAGGCUACUUGCUAAAAUGGAACCCCCUAUGCAGAGCAAUUUCUUCUUGAACUUAUCGAAACCACGGAGCCCAUUCCACGAUGCAACCGUGCAACUAAACACCUCUGGGAAUUACACCAAUGACCAGUCCCCAAUCGACCCCCUCUUUGAAAUUCUUGGCCCAAGGCGGUCUCCCUACUUCGUCCCUAUAACGCUCAUUUACCUCCUCAUUUUCUUCACUGGCUUGUCCGGCAAUCUGCUGACAUGCACAGUGAUAGCCAAACACAAGAAAAUGCGUAACCCCACCAAUCUGUACCUGUUGAGCCUGGCUGUGUCCGACCUCCUCAUGCUCUUGUUCGGAAUGCCCCUAGAGAUUUACGACCUGUGGCAAAACUACCCAUUCUCCUUUGGUGAGGGAGGCUGCUAUUUCAAAACUUUCCUCUUCGAGACUGUCUGCUUCGCCUCCAUCCUUAACGUCAUGGCCCUGAGUGUGGAGAGGUAUGUGGCUGUUGUGCACCCGCUCAAGAUACGCUACAUCUCCACCAACGAGCACGCCAAGAGGGUCAUCAUAUUCGUGUGGGCAAUGUCCAUGGUGUGUGCCAUCCCCAACACAUCGCUGCAUGGCAUCUUCUACCUGCCAGAGUGGACGAAUGAGUCGGCCAUAUGCACCGUGGUCAAACCGUUGUGGAUCUACAACUUGAUCAUCCUGAUCACAACUGUUUGCUUCUAUUUUGUGCCCAUGGUCAUGAUUAGUGUGCUGUACCUAGUGAUGGGUAUCCAUUUGGGCAGAGCCGGGCACCAUCUCAGCAGGAACCAUGGAAAGAACUGCACCUCCGAUACCAGAGGAAAGAUCCAUUUGGAGAAUGGCCACAGGAGACAGGUCACCAAGAUGCUCUCAAUCGUUGUGGCUGUGUUUGGGGUGUGCUGGGCCCCCUUCCACAUCGAGCGGCUCCUCUGGAGUUCCAUCAGGCAGUGGACCGACUUGAUGCAUGUUAUCCAUCAGUUUGUCCACAUCCUGUCAGGUAUCCUCUUCUACCUCAGCUCUGCUGUCAACCCCAUCAUCUACAACCUGCUCUCCACACGUUUCUGUGAGUGCUUUAGAGAACUUGUCUGUUCCCAGAAGAAGGACAGUGCCUCUCUCCGAGACUCUCAAUCCUUCCCUAAGAUUUUUUUGGGCCCCUCCAUCCCAAGUCCCAAAGCACAGGCAAAGGGUAAAACUCCAACUCUUUAAUCCCUUUGCAGUCUCCCAGUGUGUCUCUGAGCAUAGACACCUUUCAAUCUUCACAUGUACAAGAGUCUGAUUGCGUAACCUCCACACAGAGAGUGAGAUUUGACA